CCGCGGUGCAUGACGGGUAGGCGGCCGCCAUAUUGUCUCCCUGUGUGCGGCUGAAGGAGAGAGUGCGGCCAUGAAGCUGUUUACCAGCGCCCGGUUCCUGUCUAGGAGACUUUUCUCUUCAAAAGCUGCUUCAAAAUCAGAAACUGUGGGUCAUGCUCGACUUUUUCCUGAGGAUAUUGAGAUCACAAAACUGCCAAAUGGAGUGGUGGUGGCUACACUGGAGAAUUACUCUCCUGCUUCCAAAAUUGGAGUGUUUAUAAAGGCUGGAAGCAGAUAUGAAAAUUCCAGCAAUUUGGGUGUUAACCAUGUGUUACGUCUUGCAAGUAACUUGUCUACCAAGGGAGCCUCAUCCUUUAAAAUAACACGUGGAGUUGAAUCUGUUGGUGGGGGACUGAGCGUGACCUCUACAAGAGAAAACAUGGUGUAUUCUGUAGAAUGUCUAAGGGAUUAUGUAGAUACUGUAAUGGAAUACCUCAUUAAUGUGACCACAGCACCUGAAUUCAGGAGGUGGGAGGUGUCUGACCUCAAAGAGAAAGUUAAACUGGAUAAGGCUUUUGCCUAUCAAAAUCCACAAGUUGGCGUCCUGGAAAAUCUUCACUCUGCAUCUUACCGAAACACACUUGCUAACUCUUUGUUCUGUCCGGACUACAGAAUUGGAAAAUUUACAUCUGAAGAGUUGCAACAUUUUGUACAGAACCAUUUCACAAGUGCAAGAAUGGCACUGGUUGGCUUAGGAGUGAGCCAUUCUGUCCUCCAGCAGGUUGGGGAGCAGUUCCUGAACAUUAGAAGUGGUCCUGGAUCUCCCAGUGUGAAAGCUCAGUAUCGUGGUGGUGAAAUCAGAGUGCAGAAUGGUGAUGACCUGGUCCACGCUGCUCUUGUUGCUGAAGGAGCAUCUCUUGGGAGCCCUGAUGCCAAUGCAUUCAGUGUCCUGCAGCACCUUCUUGGUGCCGGUCCCUUCAUCAAGAGGGGAAGUAACACCAGCAGCAAGCUGUCUCAAGCCGUGAGCAAAGCUACCAAUCAACCAUUUGAUGUUUCUGCAUUCAAUGUCAAUUACUCUGAUUCUGGUCUCUUUGGAAUCUAUGCCAUCUCCCAGGCAGCAGCGGCAGAUGAAGUUAUUAAGGCUGCUGUUAAUCAGGUGAAGGCAAUUGCACAGGGUGGUGUGACAGAGGCUGACAUUGCGAGAGCUAAAAACCAGCUGAAAUUCCAAUACUUGCUAUCUGUGGAAAACUCAACAGGGCUGCUGAAUGAGAUCGGUUCCCAGGCCUUGGUAUCUGGUUCUUACACAUCACCAAAUGAUGCCGUCCAGCAGAUCGACUCUGUGACCAGUGCUGAAGUUGUAAAUGCUGCAAAGAAGUUUGCAUCUGGAAAGAAGUCUUUUGCAGCAUCUGGAAAUCUGGAGAACACUCCGUUUGUUUCUGAUCUGUGAUGAGUUGGUUCAUUGGAAAGCUUAGAUCACUAGUAAACUGCAAUAAGAAAAGAACCCCCUACAACUAGCAUAAUAUAUAUUAUUUA